GUUAACUGUAGCCAUAACUGUUGGAAAAUAAAUAAACAUCUCCCAGUGAAAGGUUGCUCGCUAGAAUGUUUUCGUUAAGAUUUGGGAUUAAAAGUUGUCCCACAAAGUCACCAUGUUGGCGAUUAAGGAGUACACAUGCUGCGCCAUUAAGAAAAGUCCUAAUAGCUAAUAGAGGAGAAAUUUCUUGUCGUAUUAUACACUCUUCCAAAAAGUUAGGCCUGAGAACAGUGGCUGUUUAUAGUGAAGCUGAUAAAAAUAGUUUGCAUGUUUCUUUAGCAGAUGAAGCAUAUUGUUUGGGGCCAGCUGCAUCGCAAGAAAGUUACUUGAAUCAAUAUAAAAUAAUAGAUGUUGCCCGGAGUUCAAAUACUGAUGCCAUUCACCCAGGUUAUGGAUUUUUGUCCGAAAAUUCUGAAUUUGCCGAUUUGUGCCAAAAAGAAGGCCUCAUAUUUGUUGGACCUCCAUCAUCUGCUAUACGAGACAUGGGCAUCAAAAGCACUUCUAAACAUAUUAUGGAUAAAGCUGGUGUACCAGUGAUUAAAGGUUACCAUGGUGAAGACCAGUCAAAUGACAGAUUAAGAGAAGAAGCCAUUAAAAUAGGUUUCCCAGUUAUGUUAAAAGCUGUUAGAGGUGGUGGAGGCAAGGGAAUGCGAACUGUUUCAUCUGAAAGUGAAUUCAGUGCUCAGUUAGAGUCUGCCAGACGAGAAGCUUUGAAAUCUUUUGGUAAUGAUGCUAUGCUGGUAGAAAAACUUGUAAAAAAACCUAGGCAUGUUGAAGUACAAGUAUUUGGUGACAAACAUGGGAACUAUGUUUAUCUAUUUGAACGGGAUUGUAGUGUUCAGAGAAGGCAUCAAAAAAUAAUUGAGGAAGCGCCAGCACCAGAUCUGGAUGAAAUGACCAGAAAAUCCUUAGGGGAAGCUGCCGUCAGGGCUGCUGAGGCGGUUAAUUAUGUUGGAGCAGGUACUGUUGAAUUUAUCAUGGAUGAAGAUAAGAAUUUUUAUUUCAUGGAAAUGAAUACGCGACUGCAAGUUGAACAUCCCGUAACUGAAAUGAUUACUGGAGUUGAUUUAGUUGAAUGGCAACUGCGGGUAGCAGCUGGUGAAAAAUUGCCUUUAUCUCAAAAUGAUCUGCAACUCAAUGGACAUGCUUUUGAAGCUAGAAUUUAUGCCGAGGAUCCUGAUAACAAUUUUAUGCCUGGUGCUGGAAAAUUGACUCACCUUUUCACUCCCAAAGUAUCAUCUCAUGUUAGAGUUGAAACUGGCAUUGUACAAGGUGAUGAAGUUUCUGUUCAUUAUGAUCCCAUGAUUGCGAAACUUGUUGUGUGGGGACCAAACAGAAGUGCUGCUCUGAUGAAACUACAUUCUUGUUUAUCUGAGUAUAAUAUUGUUGGUGUGAAGACUAAUGUAAAAUUCCUAAUGCAAUUGGCUGUGCAUAAAGAGUUUUUAUUAGGAAAUGUGCACACAGAUUUUAUCCCUCAACAUGAAAAAGAGAUAUUCGCCACUAAGCUACCAUCGCCUCAAGACAUUUGUGCAGCUGUUUGUCAUGCUAUCCACACAGACUCUGAGCAAUUAAAAUCCAAUAAUCCAUUUCCAUUCAAUAAAAAUUCACCCUUUUUGUUAUAUGAUGGAAUGACUCCCAACUUGCCUUACCAGAAGCAAAUAAAACUUUGUUUCAAAGAUAAAGAGUACAGUGUGGAUGUAGACUUUAAAGGGAAGGAUGGUUAUACAAUCUACAUUGAUGGACAAAAUUACUCAGUUCAGACUGUGCCUUCUAAAGUAGAUCCAUCAAUUCUGCAGUGCACUGUUGACAACAAGAGCUUUCCUGUUCGAGCAAUCUCAAAGGAUAAUGAAAUACACCUCUUUACUAAAGAUUACAGCUAUGAAUUCACACUGAAAUCACCAAAGUUUAUCACUUCCUCUUCCUCAGAAGCGAUGCAUGCUGGUGCGGUUGCUCCAAUGCCUGGGGUCAUUGAGAAGAUCAAUGUUAAAGUUGGUGACCAAAUUAAAAAAGGAGAUCCUUUAGUUGUCCUUAUUGCAAUGAAAAUGGAGUAUGUUAUAAAAGCUCAUUGUGAUGGAACUGUAGAGAAAGUGUUACAUAAAGUUGGAGAAAAUGUUACAAAGAAUGCUCAACUUGUAAAUAUCAAAGAACACUCUUAAAGUACUACAAAGUAAUAUAUUACAAAGUUAGUCUAUAUAUAUAUUUUGAAUAUUAUCAUAUUUAUGUACAUGUUUAUCUAUUUUUGAUAUAAAUAUUA